AUGGCCGAUCUCAAGCUUCGACGACUAACCGAGCUCAACAAUCGUCUGCGCGAGGAUCUUGAGCGAGAGCGUAUUCCCGUCAGCACAGCAUCAAAGAGCAUCAUUGCCUACUGCAAUGGCACUCGGGACUACAUGGUCCCCUCCGUCUGGGGCGCUGUUCCCAAGGGCGAGGACCCUUAUGCGCCGCAACAAUCUGGCGGCUGCUGUGUGGUCAUGUAA